ACAACACUUCCUGUCAGAGGAUAUGCCUCAGGUCGACAGACCCAUUGAGCAACAGGGAUAGAACUGAAACCCGGCCCCUACUGGACCUAAUCCUCACAGUGCUCAGUCCUCCCUGACCCCACUGGUCCCACUGGCCACUUAACUGGGCGGGACAUGGAGCUGAGGACCAUUCCCUUGGGCACACGCAGAAGGGCCAGCUCUGCCUUCACUGACCCUCUGUACGAUAACUGCCUGUCCCACUCAGAGAGCAGCGACCCCGGGGUGACCAGAACUCUCCCUAUCCCGGUCACCGUCCCUCCUGCCGUGGUUCCCACGCUCGGAGGGAGAGAGGAUGGCAGUGUUCCAAGCGGCCCAGGAAGCAGUGGAUGGGCCAUGGGAGGACAGGGCUGGCUGAAGCUGGCCGCUGGGGACCAUGAGACCAUUAGCUGCAGCAACACAUACGAGAGCAUCCUUUCCCUCUACGACAACCUUGAGAUGCCCAGGAGCCCCACCGAGGACAGCCUCAACACGGACUGCGACGAAAGCGAAUCAGAGGCUUCUGAGCCCAAGGACUGGAUAGACUUCACAAAGAAGACAGAGAAUAGAUGGAUAUCCUCUUGUGAGAGUCUAGAGGACAGAAGUCGAGGAGCAAAUGCUCAGCCGAACAAGAGAAGCGGUUGCAAGCCCGACCCCUUUCUUUUCACUGCAGUGGAGUCCAGGCCAAAGAUAUUAAAGGUUCCACACCCAUUCUCCAACACAAAUCCUCAGACGCAACCUUUUGCCAGAGACAUUGGUGGGGAAGUCUUACUUCAAGGGACUAGAGACCUCCACAACACGUUCUCUCUAAAUCUGCCUUUGCUCCCUACCCCUUACCCCUCUUCCUUACCUGCCACUGUUCCACCACCAACUAGUCAACCUGAGGUCCAUGUAGUCCAGCAGUCCAGCCAGCCGUCCAGCACAAUGACCGCGCUUCUCACCAGCAUCAAGCAGCAGAUUGCCCGACAGAGGGAGGAGUAUGAAACCCAAAUAAGAAGGCUGGAGCAGCGUAACGAGGCCCUGGAGGCGGAGGUGCUGGGUCUGAGGGCCAACCUGGAGCAGCAGCGUCGCUGGUACUGCGCCGUGGAGCUGCGUCUGUGUGAGGUGGAGCGGGCACGAGCCGACGCUGACCGCCGCAACACCGAGCUCCAGAGCCAGAUGGAGCAGUUCUUUGAUGCGUUUGGCGAGCUCACCAACGAGGCAAAGAAAACCGAGCGCAUCGUGCAGGGAUUUUGAGACAUGACAGCGACACCCAGGAAAUACUAUUUUGAUGUACACUGGUGUUGAUGCCAGUUCUACCAGAGGAAAACAGUAAUCUUGUUUUAGGUGUUAUGAGAAAGGUAAUUCCCAAGUUGAUGUUUUUAGGUCCCAGGGUUUCCUUUGGUAUGUUGACAUUUUAAGAGUGGCAAUAUUGUCAAAAGUUGACAUUUCAAUUAAAAGUAACUAAUCAA